GCUCUCUCCCUUCCUCUCUCUCCUCUUCUUCGCCAUCUGUUUAUCUCUGCAACAGCAAUUCUCUUGGGCAUCUAGUCGAACAGUACGUCCUCACAGAUUUCCGGCGAAGGUUCUCCGGGUUUGCCGCCGGAAAAAGCAAUCCGUUGAUAUCAUUUGAAGUGAAGGAGAUAUAAGAGGGGGAGUGGAGUGAAGGGUGGUUUUGUUGGCUGUAUUGUUUCGAUGGCUCGGCUGGUUUGAAGCAAGGGGAGAGCGAGAGGUGGAGAUGGGGAAAGCGGGUUUUGGUUUGGCUGUGAGUUGUGCGGUAGUGUCGUGUACGAUCGCUGCUAUAUUGGUUGGUAGACGAGUGAAGAGUCGGCGGAAGUGGAACCGAGUGGUCGGUGUAUUGAGGGAAUUAGAGGAGGGAUGUUCGACGUCGAUAGGAAGAUUGAGGCAGGUCGUUGAUGCUAUGGCUGUUGAGAUGCACGCUGGGUUGGCAUCCGAAGGCGGGAGCAAGCUUAAGAUGCUCCUUACUUUCGUCGACAAUCUUCCCAACGGGAACGAGAAAGGAACUUACUAUGCACUUGAUCUUGGAGGAACCAAUUUUAGAGUCUUGCGGGUUCAGCUAGGGGGUAAAAAUUCAUUGAUAUUAGGGCAUGAAGUGGAACGGCAACCCAUUCCCGAGCAUUUGAUGACAAGUACAAGCGAGGAUCUUUUUGAUUUUAUUGCCUCAACAUUAGAAAAGUUUGUUGAAAAAGAAGGUAAUGGCUAUAUUGUUCCGCUAGACAGAAGGAGGGAGCUUGGUUUUACAUUUUCCUUUCCUGUUAAACAAACAUCUGUCUCAUCGGGCAUUCUUAUCAAGUGGACAAAAGGAUUUUCCAUUGAAGACAUGGUAGGAAAAGAUGUGGCUGAGUGUCUACAGCAAGCAAUAUCUAGGAGAGGACUUGAUAUGCGGGUAGUAGCAUUGGUGAAUGAUACUGUGGGAACAUUAGCUCUUGGACAUUAUCAUGAUGAGGACACUGUUGCUGCAGUGAUUAUUGGAACAGGCACAAAUGCAUGCUAUGUGGAGCGAACAGAUGCAAUUAUCAAGUCCCAAGGCCUUCUAACAAAAUCUGGAGGCAUGGUUGUAAACAUGGAAUGGGGAAAUUUCUGGUCAACUCAUCUGCCAAGAACUUCAUAUGAUACUGAUCUAGAUGCUGAUAGUCCUAAUCCUAAUGAUCAGGGAUUUGAGAAGAUGAUUUCAGGAAUGUAUCUUGGUGAUAUUGUAAGAAGGGUAAUGCUUAGGAUGGCAGAGGAGUCUGAUAUUUUUGGGGAUGCCACAUGUAGGCUUUCAGAGCCCUUUAUCUUGAGGACGCCUCUUAUGGCUGCCAUACAUGAGGAUGAAUCUCCUGACUUGAGAGAAGUAUCAAGAAUCCUGCAAGAAACUCUCGAGUUAACCAAUGUCCCUCUGAAGGUAAGAAAGGUGAUUGUCAGAGUAUGUGACAUCGUGACACGGAGGGCUGCCCGAUUGGCAGCAGCUGGUAUUGUAGGAAUCUUGAAGAAGAUUGGUAGGGAUGGGAGUGGUGGCGUAAUGAGUGUAAGAACCAAGACUGGAGAACCAUCAAGCCGAAUGAGAAGAACGGUUGUAGCGAUAGAGGGUGGCCUAUAUGCCAGUUAUUCCAUGUUCAGGGAGUACUUGAGCGAAGCUGUGGCCGAGAUAUUAGGGGAAGAGGUUGCUCCAUAUGUUGUCCUCAAAAUUUUAGAAGAUGGGUCAGGAAUUGGAGCUGCUCUGCUUGCUGCUUCUCAUUCAUCUUCUAGUGUGGGUUCUGUAACGUUGCUAUAAAUAUAUAUUGCCCUUGUAAAAUGUAGAAUCCAUUUUUCAUAUUAAUUGAAUAUAUAUAAAAGCUUUGAUGUGCAAUUCCUAUA